AUGUCAAUCCACAGCAGUGCUACUUCUUUACCCAGAAGCGCAGCGGUACCUCGAGCCGCAAGCCAUGAUCAUCGUGGUGGUGGCACUGGAGGUAAUGUCUGCGGGAGAAUUUACUGGCAACACGAAGUGGAACACCUGAGCACCCUAGUCACUCCUGCUAGCCGGCCGCCGCCCGACCCGGAAUCCAGUCUCAAGCGUCUACAUCAGCUAGCUGAUCAAAAGCAAUUGACCAUCACACCCGUAAAUCUCCUGCUUCGAGAACAAAAAGCUAAAAGGGAGUUGCUGGUGACUAACAUCGAGAAUGGGGACAUAUGUGAGUGCAUUCCACUGGAGGACAUUAUAACACCCAUCUACAAGGAGUCCAACGACCAGACAGAUGCUUUUAACAACCUUCUCAUGUUCAACGUGAAUGCUUCUAUACAUUCCAAGAGCGGUCCUCCACAACACGAGAUGCACAUCUUUCAGGCACAGACGGACAAAGGGGUUUGGUGGUCAGGCGUGGUCUCACUUAAUAUGAGUGCAAAAGGUCUGGUUGAUGAAGAACCGCAUCGUGCUACCCGGAAUGAGUUUUCUGAAAAUGGAAAUGAGGAUUUGACGUCUCAACAGUUGAAAGAAAAGGCGUUAAUUGACGGGGAAAUUCUUCUGCUAAAUAUGUGUUUCGAUGAUAUUGAAAGUUAUGUCGGACAUAUUUACAAGCUUCAAAGAGCGCGCUGGCAAAACCCAACUCGGGGUGGUCCCUCUGAUGACAAUGUCUCCGUAUCUGGAGCCGACUUUAAAGGCAAGGAGAAGAAAAAGCGUAGGUUUAUCUUCAAAAAACGCUCCCGUUCACCCAAGAACAAGGAUAAGAAUGAUAUGCCCCGGGUGACCAGUAAUACCUCAUUGGCCUCGGAGGUGGAAAUACCCAUUUCUGAUGACGAGUUGAUAGACCUGUUUGAAAAGAUCAAAUUCUCCGUAAUUCUCCUCUCCCGGUUGCAAGGCUACGUGACGGAGCCCAACCCUCCGCUCCUCACCCACAAGCUCUUCUCUAUGAUGAAGCAGCCAAUUGAUUUCAUUCGAGAUCCAGUCACUGGAGUACCUGGAAUGGCCAGAAAAGUCAUUUCUCCAUUGUUCCCCGAAUCGGCAAUUAGGCUCAUUCAAAACUCUCUCAUUGAGCCGGAACUUAGUCUCUGGCGUGAAUUGGGUAACGGAUGGUGUCUGCCAAAAGAACACUGGCAGGCGGCCGUCCCAACGUACAUCCCCCAAUUCAAAUGCGGAUUCAAGCCCCAGCCCGAACAAUAUCACCACACACUUUUCGACGUUCCUCCACCCAAAAAAAGCACCGAAAACGGUGGCAUGCACUCGAGCUCUUCUAGAUCAAAGUUAGCUUCCGGGCCGGAAGUACGAAGCCAUUCAGAAUAUCUGCAGUACCUGCGCAGCAAGAAGGCAAAGAUUGCCCGAGUGAUGCGUGAUUUCCUCGCAGAAAGUGAUCAAGAGAUCUCCCUAAAGGCUGGUGAAUAUGUGGAAGUGCUAAACGAUUCCCUUAAUUGGAAGCAUCUCCGCAACCGGAGGGGGUCUGAGGGCUACGCACCUUACACCAUCCUUGACUACAACGUGGCAUAA